AUGAGUCAAACAAUAUUUGAUGGAUUAGUCCAAGAGAUUGCUGUCCAGCAGUACUCGGUUUCCGACCGAUUCCUUGUCUUCCAGUUAUUGACAAAACUGUUGACAAAAUAUUGCGAAGAGUUGAAAGCAAUUGGACCGCAAUUUAUAUACGGAUUAAUCCAAUUGAUUGAAGGCGAGCGCGACCCCAGAUGUCUUCUUGUGGUCUUCAGACUCGUUAACUCUGUCGUCGAAACUUUGGAUUUAGAUCCCUAUACUGAAGAUGUCUUUGAAGUGAUUUCCUGUUAUUUUCCGGUUCUCUUUACUCCCACUCCAGACGAUGAAUACGGCAUAACUAAGGAGGACUUGUCCUACGAUUUGCACCGGUGUUUCACAGCUUCUCCUCAUUUCUCUCCAUUUAUAUUUCCAUUAGUUUUAGAGAAAUUAGAGUCAGAGCUGUUGACUGCGAAAAUUGAUUCUUAUAAAGUGAUUGAAAACAUUUGUCCCAAUUAUGGAUACGAAAGAAUCAAUGAAUUUGUUGCUCAGCUUUGGACAGCCAUUAGGAUCGAUGCGCUUAAGCCUAAACUAUUGGAG